AGACACUUCACAGCAGUCUGACUCUCACUUCACUCUCAGUCUCUACAGAGGAGAACAGCAGGAGAACAACUCUGGAUACCCACUAAGACUAGAAGCCAACUUUGGGACGGGAGAAACUCCGUGAGCACAGAGCCGGAUCCGACUGAAGGAAUCUAGCCGGAACAACUUCAGUGCACUUUCUCCAAAAAGCUCCCUGCAUUUCCAUCGUGUGUGUUCUUAGACACGUUUGCGCUGCUGACAAACACAGUCAAAGAACAUUUCGAUCAAGACACUUUCGCACUGGAGUGAUUUAACCCAAAAGAACAAGGAUGACGUGGAUGUGUGGAUGUUAUGGCUUGGUGUUGCUGGUCUUGGGGGUGAUGGGACAGAAACUGCCCACGCGUGAUGAAGGCCUCUUUCAGAUGCAGAUCAGGGAUAAAGCUCUGUUUCAUGACUCUUCUGUCUUGCCAGAUGGAGCCGAGAUCAGUGGAUACCUGUUCAGAGAUACACCGAAAAGGUACUAUUUUGUGGUGGAGGAAGACAACACUCCUCUGUUGGUGACGCUGACACCUUGCGAUGCUCCUCUUGAAUGGAGAUUGACGUUGCAGGAGCUCCCAGAGGACCGCAGCGGGGAAGGAUCAGGUGAGCCAGAACCUCUAGAGCAGCAGAAACAGCAGGUCACGGGCAACGAGGGGACCGAACUCUUUACCUACAAAGGAAAUGACGUUGAGUCGUUCAUCUCCACUAGCUCCCCUUCGGGCUUGUACCAGCUGGAAAUCAUCUCGACCGAAAAGGACAGCAACUUCAAGAUUUACUCUACCACAACUCCCGAGUCCGACCAGCCAUACCCAGAGCUGCCUUACGACCCCAGGGUUGAUGUUACCGCAUUGGGUCGUACUACUGUCACGCUGGCCUGGAAGCCCACUCCUACUGGCUCCAUCAUGGGCCAGCCGAUCCAGUACUGUGUGGUUAUUAACAAGGAGCACAACUUCAAGAGCAUAUGCGCAGCGGAGGCCAAGAUGAGCUUGGAUGAUUCCUUCAUGAUUGCUCCAAAACCCGGUCAGGAUUUCAGCCCCUUUGACUUUGUUCAUUUUGGUUUUGUCCCAUCUGAGAAUGAUUUCAAGGAUCGUUCCCUCACCACCAACAGAGCUCUGAGCAACAAGAUGAGUCGCACAUAUAUCCCCAAGCCCAAAGUGGCAGACAUACAGAAGAUAUGCAUAGGCAACAAGAAUAUUUUUACCGUGACGGAUCUAAAGCCAGACAUGCAAUAUUACUUUGAUGUGUUCGCCGUCAACACUGGCACCAACAUGAGUACUGCGUACGUUGGCACUUUUGCCCGCACCAAGGAAGAAGCCAAGCAGAAGACAGUGGAGCUCAAGGAUGGGAAAGUAACAGACGUCUUCAUUAAGAGGAAAGGCAGCAAAUUCCUUCGCUUUGCCCCGGUCUCCUCUCACCAGCGUGUCACGCUCUUUAUCCAUGCCUGUCUGGAUGAAGUGCAAGUUCAGGUGCGGCGUGAUGGGAAGCUUGUUCUCUCUCAGAAUGUGGAGGGUGUCCGUCAGUUCCAACUCAGAGGAAAGCCCAAAGCCAAGUACCUGAUUCGUCUGAGAGGGUCCCGCAAGGGUGCCUCCACCUUGAAAGUACUGGCCAGCACACGUGCCGGAGGCAAGCAACCUUUCCCUGCCCUACCUGAGGAUACCCGCAUCAAGGCUUUCGAUAAGUUGCGUACCUGUUCCUCUGUUACCGUGGCUUGGCUUGGCACACAGGAGCGCAACAAAUACUGUGUUUACAGGCGUGAAGUUUCCGAAAGCUACGGCGAAGAGCAUCGGCGCCGAGAGCAGAACCAGUGCGCUGGACCAGAGAGCCGUCGCAAGUCUGAGAAAGUGCUUUGCAAGUACUUCCACAGCGCCAACCUGCAGAAGGCAGUCACUACCGAGACCAUAACGGGCCUCGAGGCGGGAAAGAGCUAUCUCCUGGAUGUUUAUGUGGUGGGACACAGCGGUCACUCAGUCAAGUACCAGAGCAAACUGGUGAAAACAAGGAAGUACUGUUAAAAGACAGAGACUCAG